AUGUCCUGUGGACGACUGAGCAGCUUUGAGACAGGGGACAGCUUUGAAGUCAUUGAGGACGGGCCUGAACCCCCUCCCUUCCCUUUACUCGGGAUGUCUGGCAACUUGGGGACAGUGACCUGGACCCUGUUCCUCCUGCUCUUUGCACCUGGCUGGGUAGAACCGCAGGCCUGCACGUAUCCAUGCCAGUGUCCCUCCCAGCCUCUGCAGUGCCCUGCCGGCACCAGCCACGUGUUGGAUGCCUGUGGUUGCUGCAAGGUGUGUGCCAGGCAGCUUGGCGAGCUCUGUUCCCUGCAGAAACCCUGUGAUCAUCACAAGGGACUCUACUGCGACUUCUCCAAAAUCCACAGAGGCAGCGGGAUCUGCUUAGCUCACGAGGGCGCGACUUGUGACCUGCUGGGCAAGAUCUACCACAAUGGGGAGAGCUUCCAGCCCACCUGCAAGCUGCAGUGCAUCUGCAUGGACGGGGCCAUCGGCUGCAUCCCCCUCUGCUCCGACGACCUGCGGCUGCCGUCCCCCGAGUGCCCCAACCCCCGGCGGGUGAAGUUUCGCAAUAAAUGCUGCGAAGAGUGGAUCUGCGAGGAGGGCAGUGAGGAAAACCGCUUCGAAACAGCCAUGGCGGUUUUCAGGGAGGAUCCAGCACGCAAGCCGGAGCUGAAUAACCUGCAGGAGAACUGCUUGGUGCAGACCACCGAGUGGAGCGCUUGCUCCAAGAGCUGCGGCAUGGGCAUCUCUGCCCGAGUAACCAACGACAACCCCCAGUGCCGCCUGGAGAAGGAGACCCGGCUCUGCAUGGUCCGGCCCUGUGACUUCCCCAUGGAGAAGACCAAGAAGGGGAAGAAGUGUGUGCGGACCCCAAAGCCACGUCAGAGCCUCCACUUUGAGUUUUCGGGCUGCACCAGCACCCAUUCCUACCGGCCCAAGUUCUGCGGUAGCUGCACGGACGGCCGCUGCUGCACCCCGUACAUCACCAGCACUGUGGAGGUGGAGUUCCGCUGCCCCGAGGGGGACUUCUUCCAGCGGAAGAUGAUGUUCAUCAAGAUGUGCUCCUGCCACUACGACUGCCCCCGAGACAACGACAUCUUCCUGGCCACGUAUCACCGGAGGAUGAUUGGAGAUCACGUCAAGACAGAGAGGCAGUAG